AUGCAGUUAAUGGGGAACGCUCGAACCCCAUUGGCUGAAAACUCGUGGAGCCAUCUGGAAGCGACACGUCAGACCAGCCUAGGAACACUCUGGAUUUUUCCUCUUAACGCCCGGGAAAUCUAUUAUUUAGACCCCCAAAUUACCGCUAAAACAGAGCCUUCCCUUUCACAGUUGGAUACAAAAGUGCAGGUACACAAACUCCAUCGCUGGAAUCGAAUUUAUACAGAGUUAAUCAUGAAAAACCGGUCGGCGCUGCCAUGGAUUGCCGUCGGAUUGACGUUUCUUCUCCUCGCGGACUGCAAAAAGGCCGACCCAUAUAAGGUGUUGGGGGUUGAUCGGAGUGCAAGUCAGCGUGAAAUUCAGAAAGCCUUUCACAAGCUAUCACUACAAUACCAUCCUGACAAGAACAAAAACAAGGGUGCGCAAGAAAAAUUUGCAGAAAUUAAUAACGGUAUGGCCACUUCCUCUUUUGUUACUCUUAACACAUACGACAUAUUAUCUGAUGAACAGAAGAGGAAGAAUUAUGAUCUCUAUGGGGAUGAAAAGGGUACCCCUGGAUUUGAAGCCGGUGAUCCUGGAAAUGAAGGCGGAUACAGAAGCUACUUCACCAGUGGAGGACCAGGACAAAGUGGGUUUAGUUUCAGGCCAGGUGACUGGCAGAAUAUGGGCGGUGGGCAAGACGGCUCAAGAUCGUUCUCGUUUUCUUUCGGAGGUCCUGCUUCGGGCAAGCAAAGCUCGUUUGGUUUUGGCUUUGAUGAUAUCUUCUCCAACUUUUUCAGUGGUGGUGGUGGUGGUGAUGCUGGUGGUAAAUUUUCUGGUUCACACCGCUCAAGCAGGUCUCAGUACGGAAAUAGGCACUCCUCUAAGAGCAUACCAUCUGUAAAUUCUCAAAUUUACAGGAAAGAGAUAGUUGAUGGUGGGAUGACGUGGCUAUUAUUAGUUUACACACCCAAUCUCCAAGGGAUCCAAUAUUAUGAAUCCGUUGCAGAGGAAGUUGCCACCUCACUUCAGGGAGCAUUGAAGGUAGGGACCUUAAAUUGUGAAUCCGAAAAGUCCUUAUGCAAGGAGCUUGGGGUGUAUCCUCGAAGAGAACCGAGAUUCUAUAUUUACUCAUUUGGGUCUAGUGGAAAAGGUUCAUUGGUAGAAUAUGAUGGUGAUUUGGAAGUAAAAUCUUUGAAGAGCAUUUCUCAGGAGCAUCUACCCAGAAUCUCGAAGCGUGUAAAUUUGAAUAAUUUAAACGUUGCAUCUGGGGGUGGGAGUCUACCCAAAGUGUUGCUCUUGUCCACAAAGAAAAACACUCCCGUUAUUUGGCGUGCACUAAGUGGCUUGUAUCGCAAGCGUUUUAUCUUCUAUGAUGCUGAGGUUCGUGAUGUUUCAGACUCCUCUGUGAGGGAAUUAGGCAUUGAUUCACUUCCUGCGAUCGUUGGUUGGCUAUCAAAUGGGGAAAAGCAAGUUAUCAAAUCCGGCAUUUCUGUAAAAGAUAUGAACUCUGCUAUUCAAGAUCUCAGCAAAUUGCUCGACAAUUUUGAGAAGAAGAAUAAGAAGGCAGCUUCCAAGAAAGAUCAAACCGAGUCUGGAGAGAGGAACAUACCACUGCUUACAGCAUCGAAUUUUAACGAAAUUUGUGAUGAGAAAGUACCCGUCUGUUUAAUUGGGGUCUUCAGGUCAUCGAUAACAAAGGACAAGCUACAGAAGAUAUUGCAAUCUGUGUCUCAAAAAUCAUUUUCUAGGCGGCUGAGUUCGAACUCGGGACCAAGAGACUCGGUUGCCUAUGCUCUUUUGGAUGCUUCAAAACACCAAUCAUUUCUAAAUACAUUUGACAAGUCGGGAUUCAAGUCAUCAGAUAUGCUCUUGUUGGCCUACAAACCAAAGAGAGGAACAUAUGCUACGUCUCGUGAUAAAAUAACCGAAGAAACAGCCGAGAGGUUCAUUAGCUCGGUACUCAAUGGCGACGUACAAUUUUCAAAGACUAGACAGAAACCGAACCUGAAAUAACCUGUUGUAUAUUUUUAUAUCCGAGCGUGGACCUAAUUUACGGUUCUAACCGGGUUCUUGAAAGGCGAUGUGCAUAAGUCAUCAGUAUCUAUCCUGAGGAAAGAUUUGCUUAGUGGAGGUAAAAAUUAAGUCUCCAUUUUGAUAUAGGUUGUUAUAUUGCAUAAAUGAUUAUGGUCCUUAUGAAGUGGGGAACAUUUUUGUCAGUAGGGUUUACUGGAAUUUUUUCAUCAGUAAGGUUAGAUUUCUUUGUAUAUUAUGGAAUUACACUGGUAUAUAUAUACAUGUGAAUAAUGCAAGUUAUAUGUUA